UGAUGACACAUUCAGUGUGUCAAAAUGUCAACAAUGACCUUACGUGGUUUUUUGUUAUUAGAGUUUAGAAAUAAUAUUGCAAUAUACGAUGAAAUCUAAAACUUUUACAGUCAUUACAGAGAUUUUAUCGGUAAACAUAUGCUACAGUGAACGACGCAAUCAUGUUAUUCAUAGGUAGGACAAACAAAACCGAAAAAAUGAAGUGCGGUUGUAAUUGGAAAAUCAACACAAAAAUGAUCGUAGAUAGAUGUAAAACUGUGCUAAUAUUAUCAAGUUUGGUGUGUACGAUAUCAGUUAUAAUAGCGCUGCACAAAUUGUUAAAUUACGAAGUGAAAUUAGCGAAGCCAUUUGCCCCCAUACCUGAUGGUUUGUAUGGUACUUAUUUGGAACCUAUUUCUGAAGAGAAUCCGGCUCCGCCCCCACUGAGAUCAUUUGACAAAACUCGCGAUGCCGAAGCAGUUGUUUCCCUAAACGCUGCUUUAGAAAUGAAAAAGGUAGGCAAAGAUGACAAAGCAUUGAAAUUGUUUCAACAUGCUUUCGCCUUAUCUCCGAAACACCCCGACAUACUCAACCACUACGGUGAGUUCUUAGAAGAUACGAAGAAAGAUGUGGUCAAGGCUGACCAGCUUUAUACUUUAGCUUUAACAAAUUAUCCUGAGCAUACUGGAGCUUUAGAGAACAGGCAGCGCACUGCCAGCAUAGUGGAGAACUUAGACAGAGAGAUGCUACGAAAGAUUGAUGAGAAGAGAGAUGCACUACUAUCUAUACCUGAAAGUAACUCAGCUUUAAGGAGAGCAAAGAAAGAAGCAUACUUCCAGCACAUUUACCACACUGUUGCCAUUGAAGGAAAUACUAUGACACUGCAGCAGACCAGAAGUGUUUUAGAGACUAGAAUAGCAGUAUCAGGGAAAAGUAUAGAUGAGCAUAAUGAAAUCUUAGGUCUAGACGCAGCAAUGAAGUACAUUAAUUCCACACUGCUGUACAGAUUACGUGCAAUCACGAUGGGUGAUAUACUAGAGAUUCACAAAAGGGUAUUGGGUCAUGUGGACCCUAUUGAGGGAGGUCAGUUCAGGAGAACACAGGUGUAUGUUGGUGGGCACAUACCACCGGGACCCUCAGAAAUACAGAGGCUGAUGAUACAGUUCUUGGAAUGGUUGAACUCUGAAGAUGCUCUCGACUUGCAUCCUGUUAGAUAUGCAGCGCUUGCCCACUACAAACUAGUUCACAUACAUCCAUUCAUAGACGGUAACGGCCGCACGUCCAGACUUCUGAUGAAUUUGCUGCUGAUGCAGGCAGGGUACCCACCGGUGAUCAUUGCUAAGCAGCAUCGGCAUCUGUACUACCAGCACUUGCAGACUGCCAACGAGGGUGAUGUCAGACCUUUUGUUCGAUUCAUAGCACAAUGUACGGAGCGAACUCUAAACUUGUAUCUAUGGGCAACCAGCGAGUACUCGCACAUGGUUCCCGCUAUCGGGGAUCCACAUAUACUUACCGGCGAAGGCUUCGAAGAUGACAUGCUGUGAAAACUGGUACGGGGAAAAACGGUAACAGUGACUGUCACUACUGAACCCAAAAUUGCCAUGGCUAGUAUUGGUUCUUUAGGUUAAGUAGGAAAUUCAACUGUGACUUUAGAACAUGUAACUUUUGUGUGAAAUUCUUAAUUCAAUCGUUUUUUUUUUUUGGUUCAAAAUAUCGCGUUUUUUAUCAGGAUUAGAGAAUUACUGAUUUGUAAAAUAAAUGCAAAAAUUAUGUUCCAUGUUGUAUUAUACUGUUCUUUAGAGUAUUCUUUGUAAAUAUAACCCUUGUGGUGCAUUUCAAAUUGUAAAUAAGUGUUAUGUUAGUGAUGUUUUCUUCCAUUGUGCUAACACGCCUGCUGGCAGGUGACUAGUGGCCCUUUACACGGAUUGUUUAGCUAUUUGUUUCAUAUCCAGUAUUGUAAAAAGAAUAUAACUUAUGACGAACUUCUAUACAAUGCCUUAAGUCCAAAUUGAGGGAAAUAGUUGAUAGUUCAUAAGUUUACUAUAAAUGAUGGGCGAGCAAUUUCAACACAGCAUACUUACUACUCUAAUUUUUUAUUGAAGCAGAAUGUAAUGUAAGGCAUUGUUUAUAGGCAAAUUAAAUAAAGUUUAAAUUACUUUAGCUAACUUACGCUCAUAAAAGGGCCAUGACAAGUUAUUAAUGUGUACUAAAUUAACUAAAACCAAAGAAAUGUAUAACUUUGUAAAAUUUACUUGCAGGAUAGAGAUUAUGUGCUAGCAGCAUUUACGUAGUUGUAGAAAUGUGAUCUUAUACUUUUGGCACAGGCAAGAAUAAGUGCUUCCACGACUAUUACAAAAUAACUUUUAUACCGACAUUUUCAUUAAUUGUAAAGCCAUCAAGCUGCGAUAACUUUGUUACAGGAAAACAAACAGGUUUUUAAAACUCCACCUAAAUUGUAAAUAUUCACAAAAAUCACUAGGAAUAUGCUGUGAUAAUUGAUUAUUUAUUUAUUAUUUUCUAAUUAGAAUGCACAAAUUUUCCGGUGAAGGAAGACUAGAUGAAAAUUGUUAAUUUAUUUUGUGUAGGAUUAGUAUUUAGAAUGUAUUCAACUGUAAGUUGAUACACGAAGCGCUAUUUAGCAUGUUUCUAAAUUUUAAUAAAUUCUUUAAAAUUGUUCUUUGCCAUAAUAUUAAGUUGAACAUUAACUAAAAAUUGCGUUGAAAUUAUUUUAUUUAAAUGUUUUUUUUAAUAUUUUUUAUUUACGCAAUGUAAUAAAUUACAACGCGCCCUUCCGCCUAAUUAAAAAAAAUAUUCUAGAAUAUUUCUAAUGUACCAUAAUGCUAAGGGCCGAUGUGAUGUUAUCAUUCAUUACUUUACCAAUGAUGUGUGUAUCCAAAAAUAUUACCAGCAGUUGCAAUUUUAGAAGAGAAUACAGUCAUGAAUUUUCGAGGAACUUUUUGAUUUAUUUCGGUCUUGAGGUCAACUCAACUUUUUAUUUUCCACGAGUUGCAACUGGCUGGUGAUGACCUUUAUAAAUCAAAAAAUAACAUGAAUUAUCCCAAUUAUGUACUUAUGUGGUUUGUGUUGUCUUCCAGUAUUUAUGUGCGACUAUUUAUUUGCAUUUCCAUGAUACCAGUACAAACUUGCUCUAAAUAUAGAAGCUAAGUUCUUUGAA